UCACAGAAUUCCUAUUCUCACUACUCUUUCAGUCCCAGUGAUAAAACAUUUGAAUUUAUAAAUAGUCGACUUAUUCUUUUGACUCAUUGAUCACCCAUUACAUUAAAUAUAAAUACAAUGACAUAAUUUAUACCUUUACAAAUUUAGUAAAAGAACUGUCUUUACAUUUUUAAUUUAAGAAUUUACCGUCACAGUUUACUUGACCGUGACGGAAAAGACUUAAAGCUGAACAUUAAACACUAAUAUAUCACAAGAAAUUUCAACUAGUAUUGCAUUUAGAAAGAAUAAAAUGAUUAUGAUAUAUUACAUCAAAGCACAAUAAAGAAAAUAAAUACAUAUAACCUAAAUAUCUGUGAACAAAACAUAUGUAUCUUACCGUCACAGCCGUGACGGUAAAUGUCCCAAAAUAACCUGAUUAAAAAAAAAUCGUCAAAAAUGCAACGAAACCAUGCUAAAGUUGUUUUCAUUCACCAAAGACUUGCACAAACGCACUAGAUUUUUUAUUGACAAUACUGUGUAGCCAGUGUAUGCCAUUCCGAAGAUAUAUGAAAUCUAACACCUUUAAAUUUUGUCCCAUGGAAGAAAGUCUUCACCGCAACGGUACUUUAACCAAAAAUUACCAUGUUUACAAAACACGUGAUAUCAAUUCUCUGAUGUCAUCGAUGACGUUAGCUCCCGAAAACGCGCGCCCAUUUUGUUUCUGGUGAGAUGGCGAUAUGGCUGCAGAAGAAAAUAAGGUAACAUUUUUGUAUGUUAAAUCGUAUAAUUAGCACUGUCUUCACCGUUUAUUUCAUAAAUACAUUUUUACCAUGUCCUUGUAGAACUUCUGUCUUUUAUGUAUGUGGGUAGUGUACACAGUCACAAUCCAAAGUCAUUUUUGUGUAUACAGCGCCAGACCGGCGUGUAAACAAAUGUUUUCUGAAAAAAGUCUUCACCGUCACGGUCUUUACCAUCAUACCAUCAAGGUGACGGUAAAGACGUGACGGUAAAGACAAACAGACAAAAAGGCUCUAAAAUUCGUAUAUGUAGAUCUACUAUAGAAUAUCAUUCUUAAGCAGUAAAAGUCAUACAUUUCUAUUUCUGUACACAGAAAUAAUAUUUAGCGUAGAUUUCAUAAUGUUUUCAUUUUAGGGCGAUUCGAAAACGACAGCAGACAAUAUGUAGAUCUAUAGCAGUAUCUUUUUCUUUACUUUGCAGAUUGGUCCAUCUAAACUUUCCAGAGAAAAUGAGAUACUGAAUGAAUAUAUGAGAGUAAACGCACUUUUGAUUGACAUUGAAAUAGAGCAUAGACGUGUAUUAAACGUAAUAAGUAAUUUGAAUCUCCCACAUUUAGAAAAUAGAGACACAGAAGUUUUAGAACAGCUUCAGCAAAGAAAACAACAGCUUAAAGAAAUUAUAGCAAGCUUUCUGUAAAUUAACACAGACAUACAUCUAUAUUAGAUAAAGAUGCCCAUGACACCUGCUGAAAGGGCGAAGAAAUAUCGCGAUUCAAUUAAAAAUGACCCUACACGGCAUUUGCAGUAUCUUGAGAAAGAGCGACAAAGGUACAAGAAAAGAAAAGGCGAAGGCUAUUAUGACAUAAGUGGGAAAAGCGAACGCGAAAAAAACCUAUUAAAGCGCAAGUGGAAGAUUAAGAAACGUGAACAAAGAGAACGCAAAAAACAAGAACAGGAAGGAAUCAAAUUUGCAAACAAUAACACUCCUGUAUCAUCACCAGUUAGAAUCGAACAAGACCAACCAGAACAUGAAAUACAAGCGGUUCGCCAGAGAAACAGAUCUUUUAGUCCUAUGCAGCAAAGAAAUACAACUCAUCAAGCUGAAAGUGGUAAAAAGAGAAAGCGAAGAGCUCAGGCAAAAGCAUACAGAAAAAUAGAUAAAUUAGAAAAAGAGAAGCACAGAUACAAAGUGUUGUGGGAGAGAACAAGAAAAGGAUUACAACGUGCGAGACAGAGACUAGAAAAAGAAAAGAAAUACAACGCUGAAAGGUCACAAAAUAAAAGACAGACAACUGUACAGAGAAUUUAUAAGAAGACGGGUCACUCAGUCACAUGGAACAUAGAAAUGAGGCGACAGGUCAGGCUGUUCUUAGAAGAAGAUAUCCACAGUAUACAGGCCCCCGGAAAGAAGGACACGAUCACAAAAGGAAAGAUUAAGAAGCAGAAACGUUAUUCAUGUGACACACUCUGAAACUUAUAUCAGAAAUUCGUAAAAGAAAACCGCGAACACGGGAUGUCUUAUUCAUCUUUUUGUAGAUUUCGUCCAUUUUGGAUUGUUCAGAGAAAAUCUGACGCCAGAGAAACAUGUUUGUGUAAACUGCAUGAGAACAUAAAGUAUAGAGUUGAGAAGUUGUAUAGAUUAGGAGUAAUUCAAGAUUCAAACCCAGACAUUGUGGUGAACCAGCUAAUGUGUGACAACAAAUGUAAGGAAUGCGCGUACAGGGAUUGUUCUAAAUGUCAAGAUAAGGGCCUGGAUGUAUGUACCGAAGUGCUGAGUGAACGGAAGGGUGAACAGGUUCAAUAUCAACAGUGGACAACACGGACUGAGAAUUACGAAUCUAAGGAUGGGACAAAAACAAUUCAGAAAACCGUGAAAGUCACUGAACAAGACACCGUUGAGACGUUGUUGGUAGAGACACAAACAUUACUGAAAGAUAAAUACGCUAAGCAUGUUUUCAAUAUUAAACAUCAAUACAUAACACUAAAACAGGUAAAAGAAAAUUUAGACAAUUCUACAGCAAUUAUGCAUGUUGAUUUCUCAGAAAAUUACACUGCAAAACUUGCAAGUGAGGUUCAGUCGAUGCACUUUGGGGGUUCGCAUAAGCAAGUUUCUCUACAUACUGUUGUCGUUUAUACCAAGGACAGUAUCAAAUCAAUCUGUACAGUCUCUGAGAAUACUUACCACGGUCCUGGGGCAAUAUGGGCACACCUUACACCUGUUUUGCAGUACAUAAAGUUGUCCUAUCCAGACAUCACCACUAUCCACUUCGUCAGCGAUGGCCCUUGUACACAAUAUAGGUCUAAAAAUCACUUUUUUAUGUUACAUCGGCACAUUCUUGGUAACUUUGAAUUUGAAAUAGCAACCUGGAAUUUCACAGAAAGUGGCCACGGUAAAAGUGCUGCUGACGGUGUAGGGGGUACAGUGAAGCGUACUGCCGAUAGACUUGUGGCAACAGGCACAGAUAUACCUGAUGCAAAAGCAUUUUAUGAAAAUGUCGGAAAGCACCUAGAAAACGUCCAACUAUUUCUGAUUGAAUCGGAUGACAUUGAAAGUUUAAGUAAUUCUGUUCCAAAGGAUCUCAAAACAGUCAAAGGAACGAUGAAGCUACAUCAAGUAACGGUUAGUAAACAUCACCGAGGAAUAAUGCUUCUCAAAGAGUUGAGCUGUUUCUGCAAUUGGCCAAAUCCAUGUAGCUGUUAUGAAGGCGACGUUUCGGAACACAGUUUUCCAGCUGAAACAGGUGCCGGUGAUGGAACGCCUCUAUUGAAUCAGCCUGUAAGUGAGCCUGAUGUGACAAAGGACAUUACCACUGUGGACCCACACCCAGAUAUGGUUGGCACAUGGUGCGUGAUACGAUAUGAAGGCGAGGCUUAUCCGGGAAUUAUUCAGGAUAUUGAUGACAAGUCGGCCGAGGUUAAUUGCAUGUGCAGAAUUGGAGAGAAUCGUUUCUUCUGGCCACUUGUGAAAGAUGUUAUUUGGUACAGUUGGUCAGAUGUACUAAUGAACAUUCAAGAACCUCGUCCCGUAACAUCGUCCCGUGGAUCAAGACACGUGCAGGUCGAUCCAGAAUGUUGGAAUCUCGUCAGAGCAAAACUAGCUAACUUAACCAGUUAUCGAACGUUGAUGUUACAUACUGUUAAUCUGUUUUCUUGGAUUCAAUAGUUUGUUUUUAAGGUUUCGUUUUAAAAGAGAACAUGCUCCCUGUUAGGACACAUUACAAUGUGUUAAAUGACGGAUCAUUUUCGCUGUAAUAUAUCACUUAGCUUUGAGUGAAAUUAGUGACAUAUAUGUCUGAGCAUUUUGAACAUAUUUGCAUUCCAUGCAUGUAAGUAAGUUUCCAAUUCAUUAGUAUAAUGUCGUUUCUGUUUAAGCUGUUUACGAGUUUAAAAUAAAGGUAGAAAAAUGCAUUUUCUUAGUUUUAUAUGUACAAGGUGAAAAGGGGCUUUUACCGUUACAUGCCUGUCUUUACCACUACCAAAAGUCUUUACCAUAACAACGUAUUUUUUGUUUUAAUUCUUGUUACAAAUAGCUUACCUGUGUUAGUAUAUUAUUUCAAUGAUGGGAAGACAUGAUUAUGAAACAAUUCAAGUAUUUCUUCAAUGGUGUACCGAAGUAUGAAUCUAGAUAGUGCAAUAAAAUUGCACUUCCGAGAAGAAUAUUUAUCCCAGUAGUGUUUUAUAUGUUAAUGAUCAAUGUAUAUUAAAAUAAAAAAGGUUUUAAAAGAAUGACAAGUUGAAUUUAACACAUUAUAACGCAUUUCAAUACUUUAUUUAAUAAAAAAUCAAUUUAGAGCUUGUAUAUAGCAAAAUAAUUCUCCGUCAUGGUAAAGACUAUUUUUCUCGACUAUGAAAGUUCAAGGUCAAAUUUAUAAAGGUCAUUAUGGUGUUACUGUUUGCCAACAAUCAAAACAAUAUGAUAACAGGUUAAAAGUGAUCAAUUAACAACAAAUCAAUAUGUUUUUUUUGAAUUUUACGUUUUACAACAUUUAAAAUGGACUGUCUGAGAAUGACCCAAAUGGAGGCUAGACUGCAUGGUGGUUUUCACUGCCAUUAAUAUGGUUAA